AUGGCAGAUAAAUCGAACGGCCGGGCUCUGAUGCCUCCUCCGCCUGUUCCCUCCCGCUCCCCUCGUCGCUCUGAAGAUUCGCAACCUCGAACAGACAUUUCGAACGCGUUCAGUGACCCCGUCAAACUCGAGGUUACCCGCUUGUCUGGUGCGGAUUGUUGGAGUUGCUUGAACAAUGACCCUGAAUUCGCCCAUGUUGUUGCACAGAAAGAUGGUCAAGCCCAUCAUUGGAUACAAGCCGGUCUGUUCCCGUUUUCGUUCAGAGCAGCGAUCAACUGUAUUCCGCUUUGUUCUUCCUGCCAUAGUGCUUUCGACCGUUCCCUUGACCCCUGCUGGGUGUUCCUUCCGACGGAUUUAAACUUCUUCAUAAGAUAUGAAAUUGAAGAUCAGUUGCGCCGUGCCCAGGAUGAUCCACCAUCUGGCCGAAUCGUCCCAACCAUCAUGAAGUACCGUGAUUACUCCGCCUCGAAAGGCCUAGUGCCACACGACGCGACUGGUGGACUAUAUCGUGGUUACUACCUGAAGAAUUUCCUCCAUAAAGGGCACACCCCCGUCGAGUUUCUCCAAUUUCUUACUACCCCCAAGUCGUGGCACGGACACCCAUUGGCUGCGAUUCGACGAGGGAUCGCCAUAUUAGGAAGCGCCCGCUGUUAUGCACUCGACCGCACCACGAUCGACGAAUUAACUACGCUGCGCCGUUUGUAUUUCGAUGACGAGAAUCUCGUCGAUAAGAAGCUUGUCCAAUUGUACCACCUUCCGCCCACAGACCGCAAGAGAAAGAGGGACGAUGACGAGUUUGACCCCAAUAAUCAGAAGAAGCUCGCCACCGACAUAGACAAUCACGGAACCGCCCAGGACGUCCAGAAUGACCAGAAUGACCAGAAUGCCCAAGAUGUUGAGAAUGCCCAGGACGCACAUCAUGUUUGCUUUCCAGCUGAGGUUUCGGGCCUGGAUGCAGGCGCUCAUUCCGACAUCUAUGUCAGUACCGAAUGGGUUUUCGGACCCAGUGCUACAGGAAAUGAUGCGAUCGACCGAUUUGCGCCGUUGUUACAAUCUACGGACGUCAUUAAGCUGCUUAGUUGA